CGUUUCGGCCGCGUCGCCUUCAGUUCUCUAGUAUUCCGUGUCCAGGCUGCACUGUAUCCGCGGAGGCGCCUGCGAUUGCAAAAGCAAAAACCAAAAACCAAAACUCAUUGUCAUUCAUAGUUACUUUCCGUGUGUGCGUGUGGAUAGCGCCAGUGCGUGAGCGUGAGUGCGUAAACCGAAGACGUCCGUAGUUUUCCACGGGCUAGCACGGCGAUUAAGACACCGAGAGCGGAACCUGUCAACAGGGAAUCCCUUAAAGCACUUCCUCAGCCUCUGCCAGCGGCACCGUCGCCAUCCUCCUUUUCCUGUUUCAGGACGCCGUUCAUCAGCCAUGAAACACUCGCCGCUGAUUGCCAGCGCUUGUCUCGCGCUGGUGUUGAUGUCAUCCAGUCUGAUUGGCAGCUCGGAGGCCAGAAAGAAGAAGUACGUCGGCGAGACGGGCGGCGAUUUUGAGUUUAUCGAUGAGAUAAACAAAAACACGCAGAGCAACAAGAAUACCGGGGAGCACAAGCGCUGGAUUCAUGAUCCCUCAAGUGACCUUUGCCGACCGCUGAACUGCAAGAAGCGUGAAAUUUGCCUGCUGGAGGACGAGUUCAGCGCCGUGUGCGUGUCGAAGAAGGAGCUGCACAAGAACCGCGAUGAGAUAAUCAGCAAGGCCAAGUACUUGGAGGAGGAGGCCAAGCGGCGUGUCAACCAGCAGGACAACCAGGACAGCCAGGAUACGGAGGACAUCAACAACGACGACGAGGAUAAUAGCAGCGAUAGCAGCCUCAACGGCGGCAGCAACAGCAGUCCCGGCAACAGCCCCGUCCAGGCCAAUGUCCAGGGCAAUGAGGAGACCGACGACGAAGAUAAGAGCCUCAGCCUGGGCGACGAGGACGAGUCCAAGGAGGACGAUGUCUUCUAUGAGAACAGCAUUGCCGCCAGCGAUAAGCAGCAGCCUCAGCAACAACAACAACAACAGCAGCAGCAGCAGCAAUCCCAGCCACCAGCAGGACCCUCUGCCAUCCAGCAGGAUGACGACGAGGAGUUGGACAACUGCAAGCCGUGUCCUGUGGCCAAGCCGACGUUCCUGUGCGGCGCCGACAACAGGACCUACUCAUCACUAUGCAGAUUGGAUUAUCACAAUUGCAUACAUUCGACGUCCAUACGGAUCGCCUGCAAAGGAUUCUGUCCCUGCAAGGAGGCUGUCGAUGGCAAGCGGCUGCAGCGCAUUGCCGGCUACAACAAGUACAACAAGAAGAUCAGCCAGGACCUCCAGCAGCAGCAGCAACAGCAGCAACAGCAGGCCUACAAGGACAGCAGCAACAACAACAUCAUGAUGAACAGCGGCAACAUCAUGGGCGGCAACAACAACGACUUCAAUACGAUCAUGAAUGACAAAGAGGACAACAACCGACACUACAACCACAUCAAUGCCCAGUACACAUUCACGCCCGAGGAGAUCAAGUACGACAACAAGCACUACAAGUACCUCAAGUACACGGCCUACAAGAAGGACUCCAAGUACCAGGAGGACAAGCACAAGAUGCGCAACUACAACGAGGUGGUGGAGAAGCAGCAGCAGAAGUUCAGUAAGAACAACAACUUGAAUGGUUAUCCUUCGAAGUCGCCGGAGUGCAAGCCACAGCAGCUGACUGCAAUCGGAAACCGCCUGCUGGACUGGUUUUCGGUGAUCAUGGCCGACAGCAAGAAGCGCCGCCAGCACAGCCAAAAGUCGCGAGCCCACUUCCCGCCCGCCUGCAAGACGGAGGCCAAGUGGAUGUUCGGCCACCUGGAUCUGAAUAAUGACGGGCAGCUGUCGCUGCAGGAGAUGUACGACCUGGAGCACGACCAGAACGAGCGCUGCAUCAAGCCCUUCAUUGACACCUGCGACCUGGACACGGACAGUGCGAUCAACACGCGGGAGUGGUGCCGCUGCUUUGAGAAGACGGACCGUCCGUGCGCCGCCGUGCGCCGAAGAAUCGCCGGCGACUUUGCAGGUGAGAUAGGCGCCUACGCACCCGACUGCGACAUCCAGGGAUUCUACAAGCCCACCCAGUGCCACAGCUCGGUGGGCGUCUGCUGGUGCGUGGACAAGCACGGAGUCGAGUUCGCCAACACACGCACACGCGGCAAGCCCAACUGCGAGUCCGUGGUUAAUAACGCCGCCUCGCUCACAUCCGACGACGAGGACGAGGGCACCGACGACGAGGACAGCGCGGAGGGCAGUGCCGAUCAGAUGCUCGUCUUCUAAGCGACCCGACCAGAGGGCACCGGACGGACAGGGCUACGGAGAUAGAUGGCCCCGGACGACGGCACAUCCAAUCAGCGAGCCACCAUCGAGGCGGAUGCGCUAGCGUUGUAAUGGAAAAUUAAUAUUAUUAUUAUUAUGAUUGCAAACAAACCGAAAGUGGAAGUAAAAGCAAACGCAGCAGCGAAAACCCAAAGCCGAAAACCAAAAACCCAAAACCGAAACAUAAAUGUGCAGUAGCCAAGUAAGCGUUUUUGAAUAGAACUACGUAUAGCAAACAGCAGAAGCAGCAAAAUCACUCACACACACACCCCCAUCCUCACCCCAUGCCGCGAAGGAUGUUAGCGAAAGGAUAGCUAAAACAUCAGAGGGAAAACCAAAGAAAAACUGUAGCAUAGUUGGAGGCGCAGCGCACGCAAAUUGGCAUUUCGCUGAUGCCAACAGUAGGAAAAAAGAAGCAAACUAAAACUAAAACUAAAGAAGAACAGCCCCCACACGUCCUUUAGCAGGAGCCAGCCAUCCGCAGCUCAAGCAAUUUGAUCAGUCAAUCAGCACAGCCCAGUCAGCCGGGAUAUCUCCUUUGUUAUCACCGCUGUUGAGGCACGGAUGGGUGGCCCCUGGUGGCUAUUGCCCGUAAUCAACACACACACACACACACACACUAUUCGCAUCCGUCUAUUUUAGCCUUUCGCAGCAGAAUUAGCUCACGAUUAUCGGCCCCUCAUUCUGUCCCCUGCUUUCGCGCAAGCAACACACGACACACGCUAAGAAUUCCGCCCAAAAAAAAUAUAUAAAAAUUUA